CGAAGAUUUCAAACAUUUAUGAUACACGCAGGGAGACUCUACCAGUAGGAAGUACUAAUUUCAUUGUAUUAUAUUUUCUUGAGCAAGGGAGGAAAUUACCACUUGUCACACACAUUUGUUACGAUGUGCUUUCGUUACGCGAUAUCACAGAAAUAUAUUCUAUUUUUUCUCGGAGGUCUGAAACAUUCACGGCACGUCUACAGACACGCUGUUAGUAGAAAGUGCUAAUUUUAUUCCAUUAUUUUUCCGAUCGAUAUAUUCUCUUUGUCGACAAGAUCUAUGUAGCAAUCAUUGAGUGAUGUGACACCUGCCACUUUCGUUUGAAAAACUUCAUAUGUAUAUACAGCAAUUUUAUAAUGAAGGGUUUUCUGUUGAUAAUCUUUUCUCGUUUCUUAUGUUGGAGAGUAAACCAGCAGGUAUAUAUAAAAUUUUAAAAGUAGUUUUCCAGUGCCGCAGUGUUUCUUUAAAAACUAUGGAAGUUACCUGGAAUCAUUAUUACGAUAUUGUUUGUAAAAUAACAUCGCUCACUGGUAUGUGGCCAUACAUGAAACCGAAAUUAAAAAGAUUUACCAUUAUUCUUUUGGUUAUAUCCAUGAUGACUGUAAUCAUCCCGCAGAUUAAUUAUCAAUUAACGUGUGAAGGCGACCUGCAAUGUAUUAUUAGGGCAGUAACAUCAUAUGUCAUGUCAGCUAUAUGUGUAGUAAAAGUGUGCACUUUUCAAUUAAAUACUCGUGCAAUUAAAAACCUCACUCAUCAUCUGUUUGAGGAUUGGAAGCAAUUAAAAACUGCCGAAGAGUAUGAAAUUAUGAAAUCGUAUGCCAAGACCGGUAGACAAUAUUGUUUGAUAUAUUUUGUGUAUUCCUGCUUAGCAGUAUUUGCUUUUUUAUCAAUGACUCUUAUACCGUAUUCACUAGAUAUCUUCUUGCCUCUCAAUGAAUCUCGUCCCGUGCUAAUGCCAUUUUUUGCAAAUUGGUUUGUCGACUUUCGGGAAUAUUUCUUUCCCAUUUAUGUGCAUUCUGUCGUGGCUUGGGAAUUAAUUAUGUCCGGAUUAGUUGCCCAUGAUUGCUUGAUCAUGACUUUCAUCGAGCAUAUUUGCAGCAUAUUCAGUGUAGUUGGAUUUCGCUUCGAAUAUUUAUUUCACAACUGUAAUGCAGAAGUGGAAGUGGUAAACAUUAUUCCAAAUGAUAUAUAUUGCAAAAGGAUUGCGUUACUUGUGCAUACACAUCGACAAGCCUUAGAGUUAGCGCAACUUCUUGAAAAGCUAUGUACCGUAUCUUUCUUUAUACAAAUGUUCAUAGUAGUUGUGGCGUUGAGCACUACCAUGACGGAAGUAAUAAGAAUGGAAACUGACGGGAUUUUAGAAUCAACAAGAUAUGCAUUAUACAGCAUUGGUCAACUACUUCAUCUAUUCUUUCUUAGUUUCGAAGGACAAAAACUAAUAGAUCACAGUCUUCAGAUACGUGAAAAAAUAUACAGUAGUUUGUGGUAUAACGCAUCUACAAAAUCGAAAAAACUACUUGUAUUGUUGAUGAUGAAAGGCCUUCAACCGAGUUUUAUAAGCGCCGGAAAAAUUUACAUUUUCUCUCUGGAAAGUUUUGCUAUGGUCCUACAAACUUCGAUGUCGUAUUGUACGAUACUCGCAUCUGCUUAAUAACUUGUGUUAUUUCUUCAUUUCUUCAUAUAUUUCUGCUUAGCAAUAUUGUUGUGUAUCCACGGGCGCCGAAGAAGGCAGUCAGCUGUGCUGGAAUCGAUAUAUUGAGUCGUCC